GUAAGUAAUGAAGUUAACACCGUCAUCAAUCAUUAUAGCUGUGCAUAUCCUUGUAUAACGUCGCUCGCAUUAUGGCGUCCUACAUUUUGUCUGUAUUUUUGUUCAUCGCAGCCUUAACUAUUGUUUCUGUUGCUGCAACUGAAGAUCAAACUCCUUUCGAUUGUCCUGCGAAUGAGCAUUAUAUCAAAUGCCAAUUGGAGGUGUGUAUCAAGACUUGCGAUCACCUAAGGAACGCACCACCUUGCCCAUCCAUUGCUCCAGGAUGCUUUGACCCAGCCUGUGUCUGUGACCGAGGAUUCUUAAGAAAUGCCAAUGGAAUCUGUGUUCAUAUAGAUGAAUGUGGUCAUGAUGUACCGGAAUAUAUUAGAGAAUUUAAAGCUAUGUAACCAAUUAUUUUUAAAGAUAUAAAUGUAAUGUUUAUGGAGUUUAAUAAAAUAAAUUGCACACUAUAAA